UUCGAUCAUUUUGUUGUCAUUCUCGCUCGUUCUUCGUAAGAAGGAAAAAAUAUUGCUGCAAAUAAGUAUAGGAAACACAUGUACAGAAUAUACUUGAAAUAUUUGUAAAUCUAGAGCCAAUUCCAGUGAAAAUAAACGAAGUUAUUAUUUCUAAAGCUUAAACAUGGAUUUGGAGUUAAAAAAGGCUUUCACCGAAAUGCAAGUUAACAAAAUUGAAUCGACCAAAAAAAUUCGUCUAUUGGAUAUGAAAACCGACAAUUUGAAGGUGUCCAAGCAGCGAGUGGAACUUACAAACAAGGAAAUUUCUCAGCUUGAAACCGACACUAAAGUGUAUGCAUCGGUCGGAAGGAUGUUCGUUCUGUCGAAUGUGACUUCAUUGACGGAUGAAAUGAAAUUGAAGCAAAGCAAUUUUGAGGAAAUGAUCAGCCAGUGUGAAAAAAAUAAAGAAUUUUUACUAAAGAACCUCAAAGAGCAGGAAGACAGUUUGCGAGAAUUGGUACAGCAGAAACGAUCAGAAUCAACGGUAAAAGAAAACGGAACAAACCCAAAAAAAGAAGAGGCAGAUUAGGUUUUAGUUCAACGUGAAUAAUUUCGGAUACCAGAAAACCAGAGCGUUGGAGUAUCAUUUCUUGCGUAAUUCUUGAAUAAUAAAGCUACAUUACUUUCGCUAAUACGUCA